AAAUCAGUAUCUACUGGUAUUGUAUUUGUUUUCUUUACAUAUUAGUAUCCUGUAGGGACCCUCUUUAACGUUCCUGUGUAACUAGUUUUUUUACCCGUAGUGUACCUCUCUGGACACGGUGUCAGCUAUAGUACGUAUUGGUCAGUUCUUUUCUAUUGUUUGUUUACUUUAUUUAAACUGCCGCAUUGCAGACCUGGCAGACAGUGGCCACGAUUUCCCCAUGACAGGUAUGAGCAGCUAAGGUUUUGAGUAACCCUUUCUCCUAUUAGGGGUAAGUUAAACUAUUUUAUACUUUUGUAAUUUAACUACGGCUCAGUCUUUUUAUAUUACUGUGGAGUUUAUAUUAAGUAUUUUUUGUUACUUUUGAUAUACUGGUUUUACGAGGUAGAACUGUUAAACAUAAGUGCUUGCUCGUGCGUGUUCCUGUGUGGUCACGUGUCGAGUGUGUGUGCUUUAUAUUGGGAUAUAAAUGCAUGAUGUACUUGUAUUUUGCCGUGUAGUUCGGUGUACUUGUAUAUUGUCCGUGUAGUACGGAGUAUUUGUAUAUCGUUUUGACGUGGUUUUUCUGUGUUAAGUAGUGUGAUACUCUUAACGUUAUGCAGUGAUCGUAUUCGCUGUGGUUUCGUGCUAUUGUAUGGCGUGCUGUUGUUGCCAUAAUGUUAUAUUUAAGUCCGUGCGACUUAGCCUAUGUUUAUGUAAGGUAUAUUAAUCAUGUAACACAAAAUAUGUUUAUUUGUUUAAUUUAAUAAGGUCCCUAUCCAGUUUCUGGCAGUCCAUCGCCGUGGUAAUACCUGUCCGCCACUGUCUCACGCCAUGCGAUAUCUACCCACUACUCUUCUACAUGCCUGUGACGAAGACUAUGGACAUCAGAAAACUUAAAUAUCUUAUUGUUUAUAAUAUGUAUAUUUGUUUGGUUUUAUUUUAUAUAAAAAUUGUAAAUAUAAAACGAAUUCUGUUGUGUUUGACUGAACAGUCACGACGGCUGUCGUGACAAAUGGUGUCAGAAGUGGGAUAGCUGUUCAGUCAACACAUUUUUUUUUUGUAGUUUAUUUUGAAUAUUGUUCUUAAGAACUUAUACUUUUGUUAUAUUUUUCAGUGGAAUGGCAGAUUUUUUUUUUGUGGCGUUGAUAUAUGGAAGGGCCCCGAACGGAGAAAGGUUGCUCAGGUUGUGUAUAUGAAAUAACUCUCGAGUGUUGAGAGGUCAGGUAUAUUGAUACUAGAAGCAUUGUUUUUAUUUAAGCUUUUUCUUUUGUAAGAUUAUUUUGUUGAUCGUUGUGUUAAUUAGCGUAGUUAAGAUGGAGUCGCCAACACUACAGGAGCUAACAGAACACGGGAGAAAGAUGGAGUUGAAGGGGACAGACCUUCAGAAAUUCAUCAUAGAUCAGCAGACUCAUUAUCGGGAGUUGAGAGCAGCAGAGAGAUCUAAGGAGAAAGAGGAGAGAGAGUAUCAGCUGAAGAGAGAAGAACUGGAUUUGGAGAGGAUGAAGUUAGCGGAAGCUAAAGGUAUUGCUGAAGCUGAAAGUAAGUACAAAGAGACGUUACUUAAGCUUGAACAACAGUUACAAGAAACUAAAGCUGAUAUUUCUAGUAAUGCUUCUGCUAAAGUGCCUAAAAUGCCUUUCUUUGAAGAAACAAAAGAUGAUAUUGAUUCAUAUUUACGUCGUUUUGAGCGUUAUGCUACAGCACAGAAGUGGAGCGGCGAAACGUGGGCGGUAAACCUUAGUGCGUUGCUACGGGGAAGAGCGUUGGACGUAUACUCUCUUCUGCCACAAGAGAGGGCCCUAGACUAUGCAACCCUGAAGGCAGCUCUGUUGAAACGUUUCGAGAAAACCGAGGAUGGGUUUAGACAGCAUUUUCGCAGAUGUCGCCCAGAGAGAGGUGAGACGUUUACCCAGUUUUCUGUUAGAUUAGCGAGCUAUCUCGACAGAUGGAUAGAAAUUGGGAAAGUGAACAAGACUUUUCAAGGACUAUAUGACUUAGUUCUUCGUGAUCAAUUUCUAUCAGUAUGUAACAAAGACUUGAUUUUGUUUCUUAAAGAACACAUUCCCAAUAAUAUACAAGAUAUGUGUGCUUUGGCUGAUCAAUAUAAGGAGGCAAGAUGUGCUAACAUUCAAACCUUAGUCAAUUCUAGCAGAAAGGACACAUCAGUUGAUUCUCAGAAUUCUAGCCAAUCCAGACCUCAGCUUCAGCGGGAUCAGAAGGAAACUGCAGGGAACCCCAAAGAUCAACCACCCAAAGCAAGGAUGGAUAUUACGUGCUACAAGUGUAAAAAACCAGGCCACUUCUCAUAUCAGUGUUCAAAGGGACGGAAUUCUGUUGGGAUGGCAGUCGACGGGAAAGGAUCUUCGGAUUACAGUAAUCCAGGCAAGUGCGCUGCAUUUACUACAGUAACUACUACCUCAUCCGUAUCCGCAGCAAACAAUUUUAGUAUACUGAACACUUCUUGUAACGCUAGUGCAUCAGUAGGUAGCUUGCCUACAAGUGAUGGUAUACUUAAUGAACAUUUUGUGAAAGUGUUGAGGGACACGGGGUGUAAUGGGGUUGUUGUUCGUCAAGCGUUAGUUCCAGAGGAGCAACUGACAGGGAACAAGCGGCUUUGCAUCCUUGCAGAUGGAUCGCAGAUUGAGGCACCUAUAGCUCGUGUGAGUAUUGAUACGCCAUAUUUUGUGGGUGAAGUUGAUGCUUGGUGUUUGAAAAAUCCUCUAUUUGAGCUUAUAAUAGGAAACAUCCCAAAAGCCAGAGACCCAUCUGAUCCAGAUCGAAACUGGAAGUCGAGUCAGGUGAAUGCGGUGAUGACGCGUCAGCAGGCGAAGCGGGAAGGUAAGAAGGACAAACCUCUUCAUGUACCUGACAUAAUUGGUCCAGAACUUGCGUUUAGUCCAGAUGACGUCAUCAGAGCUCAAGGUGAAGAUGAAUCGUUGCACAAGAUAAGGCAGCUAGCUGAACAACCUGCAGACGAAAGCAGCAAAGUCCGAUUCUUCCGGAAAAACGGUAUUCUUUAUCGAUCUUUUCAAUCACCUACAGUUGAAAAUAAUAAGAAAAUUUCUCAACUUAUUGUGCCAAAACCUUUGAGAAACAAAGUAAUGUCUCUUGCACACGAUUCAUUAAUGACUGGACAUUUAGGUUCAAGUAGGACAGCUUAUAAAGUUAUGUCUGAAUUCUAUUGGCCUGGGGUGCAGGCAGAUGUGCGUCGUUAUUGCAGAUCGUGUGACAUUUGUCAGAGAACGACUCCCAAAGGAAGGACAACAAAGGUUCCUCUAGGUGAAAUGCCGAUUAUCGACGUCCCUUUUCAACGUGUAGCAGUGGACUUGAUAGGACCGAUACAACCAGCUACGGACCGGGGCAAUCGCUACAUUUUGACGCUGGUGGACUUUGCUACUCGUUAUCCGGAAGCUGUAGCACUUAAAGGUAUAGAGACAGAGAAAGUUGCUGAAGCUUUGAUUGAUAUAUUUUGUAGAAUUGGAGUUCCGAAAGAAAUGCUUACGGACCAGGGUACGCAAUUUACGUCAGAGCUGAUGGCAGAGACGAGUCGCCUUCUUUCUUUUAGGCAGCUUACGACUACACCUUACCACCCGAUGUGCAAUGGUCUUGUUGAACGCUUCAAUGGGACGCUGAAACAGAUUCUACGGCGUUUAUGUGCAGAACGACCGAAGGAUUGGGACAAGUAUUUAUCAGCAGCUUUAUUUGCAUACCGUGACGCUACUCAAGAAAGUUUAGGUUUCUCGCCUUUUGAACUGGUGUAUGGACGAACAGUGAGAGGACCGAUGAGAAUUUUGCGUGAACUCUGGACUAAAGAGGUAAAUGAUCCUGAAGUUCGUACUACUUAUCAAUACAUUGUAGAUCUCAAAGAGCGGCUCGAGUCAACAUGCACGAUGGCCAAGGAGAACCUGGAAAAGGCAACACAACGGUACCGCGUCAACUACAACAAACGUGCGAAGAAGAGAGAUAUGAAAGUGGGUGAAAAGGAGUUGCAGUCGUAGAUCUUGCUGACGACGAAGACGAUGGUGAAGAUGAGCUGUGUGAUUCUCCGGGACAGGAAAGAACAGAAGGUGCUAGGGAA